AUGUUAGAGCUUUGGAAACUCAAACUCGAGGAACUGCCAUUUGAUAUAGCUGUAGCGAAAUACAUCGCUAUGGAGCGAUCUGACAAGGAUGUAGAAGCUCUCCAGGGGGAUAAAAAGUCAAUCCCAGCGAAUUUGUUAUCUAAGUCAAGGCCAUGCGAGAAGCCUAAACCUAAGAAAGAAGCUAAGCCUUCAAAGAAAAAGGGUUUCUCAUCUCCUAAAGAUAAGGGUGCUCAAAGUUGCUACCACUGUUUUGGAAAUUAUGAUCAUAAAAGUUGUCCUUUCAAAAAGGAAAAAUGUCACAUAUUGCAAGGGCUUGUAAAUCCAAGAAAAGGGAGACACAAGCUGCCCGACCCCCAGUAAAUUAUGUAGACAGUGAUGACGGGGACAGCGAUCACUACCUGGGAUCUCUUGAGGUUAAUAACGUGGGUGACAAGGAUCAUGUGAUAUUGGUCAGCCCCGGAGUACAGGGAAGGGUGGUCAAGAUAAAACUAGAAGCAGGUUCUGCUGUGUCUGUACUCCUAUAAAAACAGUAUAAGGAACGUGGUCACGUGAAGCUAGCAAAGAGCCAUAUCACACUUAAAACCUCCACUGAGCAGAAAAUCACACCUGAGGAAGAGAUGAAGUGUAAUGUUAAGUUUAAGGGCCAAGAAAAGGAGUUAACCCUACAAGUGGUUGAGACACCGGGGCCAGCAUUGUUUGGGCGUGACUGGCUCUCUAAAAUUCAGCUGGACUGGGGUGAAAUCAAAGCCCUUAAGCUUAGCCAGACACCGGAAGGGGUCAUGCAACAAAAAGUGGAUCAGUUGUUGCAGCAGUACGAGACUGUAUUUUCUGAGAUUGAAGGCACACUUAAAGGCCACAAGGCUGAUUUGAAGGUCGAGAAGGGCUGCCAGCCUAGCUUUUAUAAGCCACCUCAAGUUACAUAUGCACUUCGCCUCAAGGCACAAGCAUAAUUGGCACGUUUAGAGAAGGACGGAAAAACAUUUUAGCAAACUUGAUCGGCGCAAGGCUUAUCACCAACUGGAAGUAACAGAGGAAUACAAGAAAUUCCUCACCAUCAAUAUACGCUAG